AUUACAAUUUAAAAAUAAUAAUCGAUCACAACCGGGAACAAAUUAUAUGACAACGUCGACCAACGGACCCAUUGUUAUGACACAAAAUCAUGCAUGGAUAACAGCUCAACCGUCAACUCAACAACAAUAA